UGAGGUCAGCCGGAGAGCCGGUUCAACCAUAGAUACAACCCCCGGGACCGGAGUCUGCGGAGGAAGCCUCUGAACGUAUCAGCGAUAUUAACCGCACUCUCCAGCACAAUGGUGAUCAAGACACAGGAGUUGCCAAGUCAUGGAUAGGGUGCCACAAUGACACAUGAGACCCUCUCAAGCUCCCAGCUGUCUGUUAAGGCUGCUGCCCUGCGCAUGGUUGACCUACCGCUGUCCGUCUGCAGCUCCCUGGCACAGGUGAGUGUCAGCACAGGCACCAAGAAAUUGGUGGCUGCCACUGCCUUUGGUGCCGUCUCGCUCCUCUUCCUCGCUCGUCGCUUCCAGAGGAGGAAGGGCAGAAAGAAGGCUCACUCGCCACAAUGGGAGCAGGCUGGUUUUGAGUUUUUCGCUGCAACUUCAGCAGAAAAUGACAACACCAGCCAGAACAUCACUCUCUCCCUCAACUCCAAGAAUGGCUACUCCUCUGGCCUGGUCCUCACUGCAGGAGAUUAUAGGAAACUGUCUGGGUCUCUGUUAAGCCUGGCCUCGGUAAAAAGUAUGAACUCGUCCAGCAGCAGCACCUGCGCAAAUGAAUCCACCUGUUGGGACAGAGUGGGGGACGCUGACAUCUGCAGUGUGGUCAACUUACCUGUAACCACACCUGAAAACCUGUACCUCAUGGGUAUGGAUUUGUUUGAAGAGGCUCUGCGGCGGUGGGAGGAGGCCUUGACAUUCAGAAGCAGGCAGGGUGAGGAUGAUGCGAGCUGUGCAUCUGUCAAAACAGGAGCUGGAGACACCAUCGCUGAACAGACCAUGGAGGAUGUCAUCAGUGCAGAGUUCAUCCACAGGCUGAAGUCUCUGCUGCAGAGGGCCUACCACCUCCAGGAGGAGUUUGAAGGUGUGCUGGGCAUGUCAGAGCCUUCCUCCCACAGCAACAGCCAAGAUAAAAUGGCCGACGUUUUGUCCAGAGAAGAGCUGGAUGACGCCUGUCUGAGAGACAGCAUCAGCAUCGCCUCCACAGACUCCUUUGUGUCUGCUGCUGAGCUGUCAGAGCACAGAGAGCUGAGGAGUGCCUUUGCUUUGGGUCAUCACCGCUUCUACGAGGAGGCGCUGCAGAUGGCCGAAGACGGCAAGAUCUCCUGCAGAGUGCUGCGAACCGAGUUGCUGGAGUGUCUCGGAGACUUGGAUUUCCUGGCUAAGUUACACUGUGUGCGGCAGGCAUGUCAGCUCAUUUUGUGCGAGAGGACGACCAGGAUGUUUCUGGCCGAAACAGGAAAGAAAAUACUGUCUUCAAUCAUAGUUAAAGCACAGAAGAGCCCAAAGAGAUUUGAGGAAGUGUUUGAAGAGAUGAUCUCCUUUAUGGAGCACACGGAGCACUGGGAGGACACGGAGGUGGAGCUGGCCACGCGAGGAGUGAGGCACUUGAACUUCUAUGACAUCGUGCUGGACUUCAUCCUGAUGGACUCCUUUGAGGACCUGGAGAACCCACCUAUCUCCAUCCAGAACGUCAUCAACAACCGCUGGCUCAACAGCUCCUUCAAGGAGACGGCGGUGGCGUCCAGUUGUUGGUCAGUCCUGAAGCAGAAGAGACAACACAUGAAGGUGGCCGACGGCUUCAUCGCUCAUUUCUACACUGUGUGUGAACAGAUCAGCCCCGUCCUGGCCUGGGGCUUCCUGGGGCCAAAGAGCUCCCUGCACGACUUCUGCUGCUUCUUCAAGGACCAGGUGCUCUACUUCCUGAAGGACAUUUUUGACCUGGACAAGGUGCGCUACUCGUCGAUGGAGAGUCUGGCGGAGGACAUGCUCCACCUGCUGCACCGGCGCACCGAGCUGCUGCUGGCCUACCUGGGAGCCGACUCCCAGCUGCACCACAACGGCUGCAGCUCCCCGCAGGUGCAGCUGCUGCCCAGCGCCGCCCUGCUGGAGGCUCCGGUGCAGUGAGAGGCCACCCGGGGAGUUUUAAGACACUGCACACAAGGACAUGACAGCAUUUAUUCUAGGGUGAGUUCACACCAACUGCCGGACCAAAGAAACCUAUCCGUAGGUGUGAGCACGCCUCUGAAAUCCGCUCACUACAUCUCCCAUCAUGCCGUGUGGUCUCUGUAUCUGUGGAUCCAGGUGUACUGUGUUCGCUGCCUGCCUUCACACAUGUUCUUCAUCUCUGUUGUGGCCUCCUCCUCCUCCUCCUCCUCUCCCCAGUCCCCUUUCACUGUGCCAUGGCCGUCACUUUUAAAUACCAUAGCAAUAAUAUUUAUCAUUUCAACUUGCUGUGAGACUGGCAGUGAUUCUCUAGCGGUAGAUAUUAACGCAGUGUAAUUAAAGGGCAUAUUUAUUGCCGUUAAGAGCAGUUUGUGUGAGAAAAGGAGAUAUUUUACCAUAUUUAUUUUAUUACACAGCUAAAUGAUGCAGGGUUUAUUUUGUAGAAGUUGUAGUCGUGCCUGUACGUGUUAAUGGAUUUGUGGUCAGCUUCAAACACACAGUUAGACUUUGUCAGAUUUAUUCGAUGUGUUUCCACAUCCUACUGAGCAUCAGCAAUGCAACACUAUUAAAUGUACUUUGUGUUUUUGCUACAAGUACAAGCUGCCCGUCACUGAGCACAGCGAGUCACAGAUGAAAAGGGAACAUCCAUCUCAUUACAUGGAGUUAUUUAAAAAGGGAAAAAGCUUCAUGCAAGAUUGAAAUGCAGCCCGCGAGGCACUAAUAGAAGACUUUCGUGCUGUUCAGCAACUUGUGCCACUCGGUUUUUCAUGACGGGCAAAAAACGCUAAAAGCCUUACUAUGAAUGCACAUAUUCAAGCCUUGUCUUUGUCACUGAAUGUCAGUCUGAGUCUUGGUGUUUCUCUUAACCUGUGAGGUUUGAAGAAUACUGCAGUAUAUUGUCGUCUGCUCUGCUGCUCAGUCACUGCCGUGUACAGAACAGAUGUGGAACAAGGUGGAAGUGUGAGCAGUGGAGCCGCUGCUACCAUACAGUGUGAACACAUGUGGACACCAGUGUGACCGCCUGCUGUCAUCUGCUGUUUCUGUAGGAUUUCACUCUUAAAGGUGGAGAACGUGAUGCUAAACCAAUGCAGCUUUUGAUAAAUUUUGAGAAUAUUGACACACUUUUUCAGCGAAUUCUGCUUCAGCUUGUGCAAAGGAUAGUAAAUCUAGCACAUGCUCACUAUUCAAAUAUGUCAAGAAACUCAAAAGCAGUCGUUCUCCAGGAUCACAGACUCCACCUUUAAAGUUUUAUAUUAUUUCAAGUCUGUCCUAAAACACCACUCACAUGAUCUCUCCUCUUGUUCAUACUGACCAUAAAAAGAAGCCUGUUGUUUCAUAAAUGAUCAUCUACCCUAUGUUAAAUGCUUUAAGGCUGAAGUGAACAAGUAAGCAGCUGUUUUUACAACCUUUAAGGAGAAUUUAAAGCAAGAAAUUGCUGGAUCCAGGCUCUACACUGUGAUUAUGUUUUGUUUAGACAGUAAACACAUUCACUUCUGUAUUUUCAGCUGCUAGUUAUGCUGUAGAAAACAUUUUAGGAUGUUAAGACGGCCUCUCGCAACUUUUCGGUGUGUUUUAUUUGCUGACAAUCAAUAAUAGAUGAAAUUACUACUAGAGACACUAAGGUCAGAGCUGCAGUGUUGCCAGAUUUGACUGGGUUUCAGGCGACUUUUUUGAUGAGCUGGGCAGGUAGAAACUGUUUUGUGAGGGUAAUAAUUUCAGCUUCUUUGUACCAUAUGUUUUAAUAAACAAACCUUUUUCAAUAGCAGAUAAACAUGGGCAUUAGUGAUGACAGUAAUGAUUAUGUUUCUACUUCGGUGCAGAGCCUUAAUUAUCAUUAUUAGCAACACCUUUGUUUACCUGUUAUUUCGUGUCCAAAUGGCUGCUUUGAAAAAGGACUAUUGGUCCCUCCUUUAAAUUAAUUUGAGACUGACAGCACUGAGUCUGACACGCAGUGACUCACAACCAUCAAAACCAAAUAUUGGUUAUUUUUCAGUCACAGCUCUGCAAUAAAAAAUGACGACGAUGUUUAAUGUAUGAUCUGAGAUGGUUUUCCAUCACUGACAGCAACACGAGCGAGUUAAGCGCUAAAUAUCUGCCCUUUGAAGAUAUUUUUGAGUUUCAGAUGUGUUUUUUUAUGGUUGGUAUGAACCUGAGAAGUGACCAAAACCUUCUAAUGCACAUAUUGUGUUGUUUUGAGACCGACUUGUAAUAAAAGUCUUAUUUUACAACGACACUAGUAGUUUUGUCCACACAGAGGGGACGGUUAAUUUUGUGCAUUCACUUUGUUUUGUGUAUAAAUUAAGCAAAUAAAGACUCUGAAUGUGUUUGA